AUGCAGAUGGAUUGCCCGUGUGCUCCAACUCAAACCUUGACUCUGAAAACUGGACAUGAGCUUCAACGACUUGGGAGACAGGGGCCUGUGGCUGCUGGAGGAAGGCCUGAGGCAUCCGGCCUGCUGAAUCCAGAAGCUGUGACUAUCGUGGGUCUACCAAACAAUGCCAGCUCUGAUGACGACUUUGUGUCUAUAAACCCAGGUUCUGACAUCCCCAUGAGCACAAUGCCCCUUCACAUUGCCAGCCGAGGAAGCGAGAUCCAGCCACCCCCUGUCUAUUGCCACCUCAAGCCUGGCCAAAAAGCAAAGCCAGAACUCCUUGACCUGAUAAACAACACUGUUAUCAAUGAGCUCCCUUUCAAGUCACCUGUCACCAAGCCUUGGUCCACGGUCAACAACACUUUCAAUCCCAGAUCCUCCCAAUACUGCCGUUCCAUCUCCAUUACUGAUUCUGGAGACUGUGAGGAGAACUAUGUCCCUAUGCAGAGCCCAAUGUCUUCAUCCCCUGUACCCAGUGGCACUAACAGCCCAGCUCCAAAAAAGAGUACUGGUAAUGUGAAUUACAUAGACCCAGACUUCCAGCCGCCCUCCCCAAGCCCUCAACACAAGCCAUCCACAUCAUCGCUCACAUCAGAUGAGAAAGGAGAAUAUGUCCAAAUAGAUGAAGAAAAGAACCAGGCCCUACAAAAGUCCAUACAGGAAUCGACAAAGAUGCGACAGUCCUGAAGGUCCUCCAAAGAUGCCAAGCUAUGGUAA